UUGAUGAAGAGGGUAGCAUUGAAGAAAUGGGAGAAGUUGUUGAAGAAGAAGAUGAUGAAAGUAUUGAAGAUGAGAAUAUGGGUGAUGCAGAUAUAGUAGCAAGUGAUGAGGAUGAUUAUACGAAUUCUCAACAAGAACAGGAUGAUGAAUGUGACAUACUGGAUGAUGGUGAGAUUGUGGAGGAUGUAGAGGAAGCUUUCAUAGGGAAAAGGAAACAUGAAGGCGUUAUUGAAGAAAGUGAUGGAGCUGUCGACGAUGAUGGAGCUGUCGACGAUGAUGGAGCUGUCGAUGAAGAUGAAAAUGAUGAUGACGAUGAUGAUGACAAUGCUACAAUAGAGGAUAAUGAAGUACAGGAUUAG